AUGGCCUCCACCCUAGUAGCGACUCCACCCUAGUAGCGAUGGCCUGCAACCUAAUAGCAAUGGCCUCCACCCUAGUAGCGAUGGCCUCCAACCUAGAAGCAAUGGCCUCCACCCUAGUAGCGACUCCACCCUAGUAGCGAUGGCCUGCAACCUAGAAGCUUCCUUUGUUGACGCAAGCGGCAGGCCUUUGAAGUGAAUUGUGCGCCUGAGACCUUGCGCCGAACAGAUCUGGGAGAUUUGAAACCAGGCGAUUUGGUGAACUUGGAAAGGUCCAUGGCAGCCACAGACCGAAACUCAGGACACUUUGUGCAGGGUCAUGUGGACGAAGCGGGAGAGAUCUUAAAGUUUACACCUGAAGGUGACUCCUUAUGGGUCCGGAUCUCGCUCAGCGACGACAUCCUGCCGUACGUUAUCCCCAAAGGUUACAUUGCUGUGGACGGAACCAGCCUGACGGUGUGUGAGGUAAACCGAAAGGAGAAGUGGUUCAACCUCAUGCUGAUUGCACACACCCAGAAGUGCAUCGUUAUCCCAAAGAAGAAGGUGGGUGAGCGAGUGAACCUUGAAGCAGAUUGCAUGGGCAAGUACGCUGCGACAGCAGUGGGCAACGUGCGACACGAGCUGAAGGAGCUCCAGCAGCAACUGCGGGUCACUCAGGUGAUUUCUUUUGUAGCUCUUUGCACUGCGGCAGCCCUGAUGCUGCCGUUCGGACAGCAGUAUUCGAUGAGGGUCGUUUUGGUCAGACGGUGUGAGUGACGGUGUGUCGAAGCGUGUCACAACAAGCUGUCCGUGUCAGGAACGCUGUCCGGGCACGAUAGCCAAGAGUGAAGGAGUUUGGUGCAUUUUCAGCUGACUCAGUCAGCUCCUGUUCGGAGCUUUGGUGCUCGAAAAGUCGAUUCCGAGCAGGACCCGACUUUUUGGGUUCGGUUGGAGGGUGGAAAGGUACGUAAGAUUAGCAAGGACUAGUAGCUAGUAGAUGCUAGUAGCUAGGAUUGAUGCCAUUGCUCUUAGGUUGGAGGGUAUUGCUAUUAGGUUAGAUGCUAGUAAUUAGCUAGGAUGCAAAAGAAGACUCUCUGUAAGAAUCUGUUCGUAGACUUGAGGGAACUAGCUGGGCCCUGCCCACAGAUGGCGUCAAAGUCAACAUCACAAAACGAACAUAUUUCCUAUAGAUGAUCCCAGUUACAUAGUUAAAUUUUGUUCGG